UUCCCGGCGGGGCUGUGUCCGGCUUAAACUGCUGGGAUCUCCGCGGACAACUGGGAUGUGCUGAUGCUCAAAACAGCUGUACCCGCUGACGUGCCAAAAAACCCAAACACCGUGGCCAGCUGCUAGCUUACAGGAGCAUAGUAAAGAAAGAGGCGCAGGGCCUGGGUUUACUCUUAAUUGCUUUGUGACAUUUGUUUUUUUAACGUGGCGUCGGAACUCAGCUGCCUGUUGACACGUCGUUUUCCGCAUCUCUUGUAACCGAAGUCAGCUCGGGGGAGGUCCCAUGGUUUUAACAGAACGCUGACAAAAGAGGUAUGCUUGUUAUUGUCAAGUGACGUUAGCUAGCCUAGCCUAGCCUAGCUUAGCUGCCGAAUCCCCUCUGUGGCACAGGGCGUGAUUUAAGUAGAGUGAAGAGGUUGGUUUUGAUGUGCGUUGCGUCAAGACAGGCGGCGCCAUGAGUGCGGAGGUGGAUGCACUGACGGUGGUGAACCAGCUGCGGGAUCUCGCCGCGGACCCCCUGAACCGCAGAGCCAUAGUAGAGGACCAGGGCUGUCUGCCGGGUCUCAUCCUUUUCCUCGACCACCCCAACCCGCAGAUCGUCUACUCAGCGCUGCUGGCCGUGCGCUACCUGGCAGAAUGUCGAGCCAACAGGGAGAAGAUGAAGGACGAGCUGGGCAUGAUGCUGAGUUUGCAGAAUGUCAUGCAGAAGAGCACAUCGCCCGGCGAGACCAAGCUUCUGGCCUCAGAGAUCUAUGAAAUUCUGCAGUCGGCUGGUAAAGAGGAGGCUGAGCAGGCGGAAGCAGCCGCCGCCUCCUGCCGACGUAAAGCCCAGUUCUUCAUGGGCUCCAGCAACAAGCGGGCCAAAACCGUGGUGCUGCACAUCGACGGACUGGACGACCCCGUCCCUGUCUGCUGUCAGACACGAAGGAGCCUGUGUGAGGAGGCGUUGCUAAAGAUCCGAGGGGUCAUCAGCUUCACCUUCCAGAUGGCUGUCAAGAGAUGUGUCGUCAGGAUCCGCUCUGACCUUAAGGCUGAGGCUCUGGGUUCAGCAAUCAACUCCACCAAAGUGAUGACGGCUCAGCAGGUGGUGAAGACCGAAGAUGGAGGAGAGCGGAUGGUACCGUUCCAGGAGGACUCGGCGGUGCCGGUGGAGGAGAACACGGACAUCCCAGACUACCUGCCCGAGGAGGAGGAGGAGGAGGAGGAGAGUCCGUCCCAGGAGCAGGACAAGGCCGUCACACGUGUGGGCUCCAUCACAGACGGCGCAGGCUGGCUCAGCACGGCCGCUAACUUCCUGACCCGCUCUUUUUACUGGUGACCACUACCUGUGUUCCUUCUUCCUGAACUCCCCGUUUCUUUCCCCACGAGCACCAUGCAGCUGCAGCCUUAGCAUCUCUCAGCCUAGUCCCCGGACUACGCCCCUACCCCUCGACCCCACACUAGGCCCGCGAAGCACACAGAGCCCACGCGUGAGCGACAAGUGCCGGACUUCCAAGUGGAACCGGUAAAAAUAACAUUAACUUGUGUAUAUAUAUAUUGAGCUACGAACCUCACUAUUGGCUGUAUGUGUACAACUAUAUACUAGCUGCAUUUGUAUCCCACAAAGCAUAGCCAGGGGACUUAAAAUUAUUCACAAACCAAAUAGCAGUCUGGAGAUGUGCAUGACUGCGGUGACAGAGGUGACAUGUGGCAGGCAUAUUUCAUUGUUAUUUGGCUUAGUCUGUGUGUUUAAAAAAAAUGGGAGUUCCUUUUUUGUUUGGUUGCUUUCCUCCUGGUUUAUUUUUCAUUCUCUAACUUCCUAUUCAAGAUGAUUUUUUUCCCCCUCUCUUCCUAUCCAGAUAUUUUAUAGCAUGUUAUGAGUCUUUUGUGCCAAUUUUGCCUGAUGCCUAGAUUUGUGAUUCUUGUUUGUGUGCGUGUGCCUUUUUGACAUUUCGCUGUAAUGAUUAUUUAUUCAUCUUUCAUUCGAAUGAUUUCAGAGCUUGGAGCACGUCAGAUUUUUUUUUUCUCACUUGAGGGACGUCACUUCAGUAGAUAGGGUAGACUAGACGCGAGAGGCAGAGGCCGCAGUCCAUCCAGCCUCCGGCUCACGUGCGUUCAAACGGUUUGUCGCGUUCUGAGAGAGGAGCUGAUUAGCCUGCUGGCUUAUUUACACACCUCCCCUCGUUUUCGUUGGGUCGUUUCUGACACAAAUCGGGAAUUACGCCCAUGAUUCUUUUAACGCAGCUAAAAUCAAAUGUGUGUUCUGACUGACCGCUCCCUGCGUGAAUUGCACAGAUCCUAGGCUACCUCUGCUCUCACUGUCCUGUCUCACACCAUCACCAUUACGGUCUUCUGUAUUUUUUUAGUUAAACCCCUCGAUUUGCAUGAGGAAGACAAACCUGUUAGCCAUCCGGUCUUGUACCUGGACCCCCGCCAAUAUUUUUACAGUAUUGUGCAUCCGCCUGUUCAGUUAAAUUUUCAGUUUAGCCAGCAGUGUCCUUAAAAGCAAAGAGCACGUUGGUCCACACACACUUCAUACACUCAGUAGUGGCGUACUGUAACAAGGGCCUGGGGAUGUACAUUUUGUAAAUGCUGCCCGAGUCUCUGAAGAUCUCAGGCAUUAGAUGCAAUGGAAUUUUUUUUUCUUCUUCUGUUUUUGUAAUACUUAAAUGCAUUUUUAAUGUCACCAUUUAGGGAUUUGAGUCUUUAACCCGCACAAUCCUGGAACUCCCACCAGUUUUAGUUCUCAUCUCCUCUGACUCGUGUGAGCCCCAACGACAGUUACACACUACAGUGUGCUGACCAGGUGAGUUUUAUUGUUCUGAUGGUGCAGAGACGUCACAGUCGGUUGAGGUCAAGUUGACGGAAUGGAAUUGAUGGUGCUGUUCUCUGGAAAAGCAAUAACUCCUUUUUUUCUUUUCUUAUUAUUAUAUGUAGUGAUUAUAGUUCAGCAAAAGCCUUCAUAAUAAUGUUUUGGAUAAAAAGUAUGAGUUGAGUAUAUGUGUGGAUCAUCAUCAGUAUUACAAUGUAUUCUUUUUCUGUCCAUUUCUUUUUCUUUUUUUUUGCAAAUAAUUAGUUUCUAAAUUCCCCUCAUGCCACUUCAUGUUAAUAUUUGGUGUCUCAUUUCUGCUCAUACUGCAAAGAAAGGAUACUUGAAAUACAUUUUUUUUUCUCCGAACUGUCCUCUUGUUGAUCAAAGUGUAAAUUUUCCCUUCACUGUUAGAUUCAAGGCGUCUGAAGGCUGCAAAAACCAAGCCCUCCAAAAUGUAACAUGUACAGACUUCAUUUGUCAUCAAAUGUAAUAUAAUGUACUGUAAUGCAGAUCUUAAUACUGUAGAUUCCCAUACACUGUCAACGCAAAUGAUGAUAAACUUAAAAUCGACA